AUAUAUAUAGGAUUCAAUUGGAUCCCAACCCCCCUCCUCAUCAUCAAAUUAAAGAUGGGUUUGAUGAGGAACCACCACCACAACCAGCAUGUAAUAGAACCUCCAAAUUUCAUUGAGUGGCUCAAGCCAAUACAACCAUCAUCCUCUCCUACUGAUCAACAGCUUCAUCAGCUCACAAAUCCCACCAUGAGCAUCGUCAGACUUCCUCUUCUAUACCAACAACAACAAGGCCGAGAAGAAGGAGAAGAAGAGAGUAGUGUUCAAUGUUUGCCUCUUCUAAGCAGAUUUACGGAGCAAAAGCCAGUAAAGGAGGAGGAAGAUCAUAUCAUGCAAAAGGAGGAGAGUACUAUUAAUGGAGUAAGAGAAGAGAAAGUUACUGUACUGGCCUUGCACAUUGGAUUGCCUAACAAUACUACUGAGAAUUCUGAGAUUUAUAACGUUAACAAGUCCAAGGAAGAAGAAUCAGUAGAUGUGAAUAAAUACUUCAAUCAUUUCAACACAGAGAGUAGGUUUUGGAUCCCAACUCCAGCUCAGAUCCUUGUCGGUCCGAUGCAGUUUUCUUGCUUCAUAUGCAGCAAGACCUUCAAUAGGUACAAUAACAUGCAGAUGCAUAUGUGGGGGCAUGGAUCGGAGUAUAGAAAAGGAGCAGACUCGCUAAGAGGAACACAACCAGCAGCAAUGUUGAGGCUGCCAUGCUAUUGUUGUGCGCAAGGCUGCAAGAACAAUAUCAACCAUCCUCGGGCCAAGCCAUUGAAGGACUUCCGAACACUCCAAACUCACUUCAAAAGAAAGCACGGAGCGAAGCCUUUCACGUGCAGGAAAUGCGCGAAAUCGUUCGCGGUCAAAGGAGAUUGGAGAACACAUGAGAAGAACUGCGGCAAGUUUUGGUAUUGCACUUGUGGUUCAGAUUUCAAACACAAAAGAUCUCUCAAGGAUCACAUUAGGUCUUUUGGUAAAGGCCAUUCCCCACACCCUUCCCUUGAAGGCUUUGAUCAUGACGAGAAGGAAUAUUGCAUCACUGGAUCUGAAGAUGAGAAUAUUAUGUUCUAAUUUCUUUCUAGAAUUAAGCUUGUCUAAGCUUGUGCUCGUUAACAAAAAAUUCUCUCUGCAGACAAGAUCUUGCGUAGGGAGCGGUUUGUUACGGAGCAUUUGAUGGAUGAUGAGAAGUUGGUAGUUAUGGUUUUAGGGAGUUUACGUAGUUUGUGAGGGAAAUAAGGUUACAUAUGGUUGCCUUGCAGGGGUGAAGUUGAUGAAUUUUCUCUGAGUUAGACAACUUUAGAGCUGGUUUUUUCCAUUUUAGCUUAGCUUUAAUUGUUGUUACUCCAUUAAUGGAGAAAAUUUGUCCGCUUCAUAGCUAAACCUGGUGAUCUGAACGAUCUGUCAUGUAUGAGUCGUUGUUUCAAUUAAAUCUACUAUGUUUCUUGCUUAAUUAA